UACAAAAACAUCAGGAUGAAUUACAUUUACAUGUUUACGAUGAUGAUGUUGUCGGCCGAGAUUGUAUUGGUUCAUGUAAAAUUAAUUUAAAGAAACAUGUCUUUGGCAAAGGUGUCUACGAUGAUUGA